AUGUUCCACAUUGAAAUUCUAUAUAUCAUUUUAGCUCUCAGUUGUUCGCUUCAAUGGAACUCAGCAGGCACGACUGUCGCAGGUGAUGGAAAUGGUGCCGCUGCUGUUACACUCAAUCGGCUCCGCACUCCUAGUGAUGUAAUUUUGGAUUCAUCCAAUACACUUUAUAUCGCUGAUAGUGGAAAUAACAGAGUCCAGAGAUGGUUGGCGGGGGCUACCACUGGUUCGACAGUAGCUGGUCAAGCAGGUGGAACCCAGGGAAACGGUUCAAAUCAGCUCAAUAGCCCUGCGGGUGUCGUUAUCGGCUCAAGUGGUAAUAUCUAUGUGGCAGAUACCGGUAAUAACCGAAUUCAAUUGUGGUCUUCCGGAGCAGUUCAAGGCACUUCCAUUGUCAACACAGGAUUAAGCAGUCCAUCUCGUAUUACACGUAAUGCUAACACGGGCAUACUUUAUGUCAGUGAUAGGGGAGCUCAUCGUGUGAUACGAAUUGAUCCAGCCACAAGAACUGUUACUAGAGUUGCUGGUGGUAAUACAGGUGGAAAUGCCAAUACUCAGUUGAACUCUCCAAAUGGUAUCUAUUUCAGUUCAACAUCAAAUAGUCUAGUGAUUGCUAAUAGUGGGGCGCACAAUAUUGUUCGUUGGGUUAUAGGAGCCACUACAGGGACAGUUCUUGCUGGUACUACUGGAGUCUCUGGUAAUACAGCAACACAACUAAGCAAUCCCACUGGUGUAACAUUCGAUUCCAUGGGAAAUAUGUAUGUGGCUGAUACGGGAAACCAUCGCAUACAGUUUUUUAGAUCUGGUCAAACAGUUGGUACUACCAUUGCCGGAACUGAAACAGCUGGCAUUGGUGCCUCCUCAUUAAGUUCUCCCUCUGCCGUUAGACUUGACAAUCAAGAAAUCGCCAAUGAACUUCCAACAAGGAAAAUAGUUGUUGGUAUAUCAUCAAAUAAAGGUAUACGACGAAAACAAAAAUAA